AUGAAGUUUAGAAAACGUCCAAAUUCCAGUGAAUGUAUCGAUUAUAUAAUGUUUAAAGGAAAAAAAUACGGAAAGGUUUCAAAAAAAUUCUGUGGAUCUUUUGAUGUUGAAUCGGCGAUGGAAAGAUUCGUUGUUAAAAAAGCAUCUUUAAUAGCAAUGGCAAGUAAAAAUGUUUAUCAAAGUGAUCUAGACGAUGACGUUAUGGUUAUUAUUCAUAUGAAUGUGAAUCAUAAUGAAACUAAAAGUAAUUAUUACGAUUUGGGCGCUGAAUUAGUGUUAACAAGUUACACAAAUUGUCGUUCAAACCCGCCGUGGUUUUAUAAACCUUGCAUAUCAAAAAAUUUAGACACAAUUUGCAUCGAAGACGUUUAUUUCACCGAUGGCUAUGUUAAUUGUCCGUUUAAAGGUUGCGUGGAUGAAGGAACUUGCGUUCCUUUAAUGGUAAAAAUCUACGGAAAACGAAUUUUCAUUGGAACCAUAAUCGGAGUGAUUAUAUCAGUUUGUUUGUCAGUGUGUUGUUUCUUUUAUUGCACACCUUAUAAAGAACGCAGUGUUGAGCAACAAAACGAUUUACCACCUAAUUAUAUGCUGCCGAGAAUUGACGACGAUGAAGAAACCGAUUUUAGUUCGGAUGAAGAAGGAAUGAGGAGAUUUGAUGAAGAAAUCGGAAAAGAAUCGGAAGAGGAAAGAGAAAAUUGGGAUAAACCACCUUUAUAUGAAAGUUUAUUUCCUGAAGGACCAUCUUCAUCUUUUUCUAAACCAUAA